AAUUGAACACUGCUCAUAUUACUGAAACAAUGAACGAACGUGAAAAAGACGUUGAGAAUAAUCAAGAUUCCCGAGAAGUAGAAGUCGAUAAUAGGGACAGCGAUACAUCGGAAUCUGAUUCUUCUACCGAUAGCGAAGAAGAUUCCAAUAUUGAAAACUCAAAUCGAGUACGAAAACUAUCGACAAAUACUGGUGCUGAUGUUUUGAAUCAAACAGCUGAACCUAAUGCGAAAAUAAAAGGAUCUUCAAAUUCUAGUGAAUCUUUCAAACAAAGUCGAUUGACAAGAACAUUAACUCCCUUAAAACAAUUUUCAUUGUCGAAAUUGAAGCCACAAAAUUCACAAGUGGCUAAUUUAUCAUUUGAUUUUUCAACAAUUUCUCUUCACCAUUCAAUGGAUAGUUUAAAAAAUUUAACCACAAAUAAAGUUAAAUUUCCCAAAGGUAAUUUGUUCCGACGAAAUGUUAAAACUGCUGAUGUAAAUUCUGAUAUGAGCAACGGAAUCGGUUCCAUUGCUCGAAACAAUGAUGAAAACAAUUUCAACAAUAAUCAACAACAACAAACAAUUCUUCACCAUGUGAAUGAAGAUGAAGAAAAAUCGGAGAUUGAAAAAGCAAUUAAAAAUCUGCAAAAUAGAACAUCUUUAUCCUCUUUCAACAAAAAUCCAUCAUUAGAAUCAAACGGUAAAGCAGAUAAUAUCCAAGAACCGAUUUUGCAGGAUGAAGAUAAAAUUUCGCUAGCAAUCCCAUCUAGUGAGUCAUUUAUGAGGAUUGAAGUAUCUGCGGAAAAUACUGAUGCACCGUCAUCAAAUUUAACAGCUGGAGCAUUCGAAAUCAUAUGGCGUAAUGUCAUCUAUUAUCCAGCAAAUGUUCAAGCAGAAAAAAACGAUUCAGUUGAAAAAAAUUCAACUAAAAAGAAACAAAGAUCAAGACGAGCCAUAUUGAACAACAUUAGCGGAAUGUUCCGUAGUGGACAGAUGACUGGUAUCAUGGGUCCAUCCGGUUGUGGUAAAACAGUUCUUUUGAAUUGUAUUGCUGGAUUUUUACCCAUACAUAUUCGAAAAGAAAACAGUGGUGAUAUCCUUGUCAAUGGUUUGAAUUCAGUACGAAUCGGAUUUGUUGAACAAUUCGAUCAUUUACAUGAGAAAUUAACAGUACGAGAAACAUUACUAUUCGCAUCGAAAAUACGAAAUGCUGCACGAUACUAUUUAAAUCAUGAAAAAGUAGUGAAUAGUGUUAUGGAACGAUUAUAUUUAACCGAAAUGGCUGAUAUUGCUGUAUCACGAUGUAGCAAUGGACAACGCAAACGGGUUUCAAUCGCCAUAGAAUUGGUUUUCAAUUCAGAUAUACUCAUGUUGGAUGAACCGACUACCGGUGUGGAUAGUGUAAACGGUUAUCAAAUUAUGAAUAAUCUCAAAUCGUUGACCAAACGACGAAAAGCCAUAGCGAUCGUAGCAACUAUUCAUCAACCUAGUGCACGUAUUUUUGCAUUAUUUGAUAAUCUAAUCAUAUUAUCAUGUAAAGGAUCCAUAUUGUUUCAGGGUCACCCUAAUGAUCUGACACAAAUAUUGCAAGAUAUUGGUUUAAAAUGUCCAAUGUAUACAAGUCUAUCGGAUUAUAUUCUCGAAGUGGCAAGCGGUGAUUUUGGAAAUAAAAGUUUGCAAACAUUAUCACAUUAUAAUAAUGAAAUGAAUAAAAAACGUUUUUCUGACGAUUUUAAUGAAGUUGAAAUGAAUUCGCUUCGUGAAGCUGUGAAACGAGCUCAUCUUGGAGAUCAAAGAUCGCUGGCACUUUGUACAUGGCUAGUAUUAUGGAGAUGUUUUAUUUGCAAUUAUCGUAAUCCAUUCAGUUUAAAAACUCGCAUUCCUUCGUUGACAUUUAUGGCCAUAUUUUUGAUCAUGUUAUAUGGCGAUGACAUUGGUCAGAUAUCGACAUGUGGGACAAAAUAUGUUCUUUGGAAUGCAAAAAUUGAAGAUAUUUUGGACAUAAUGGAAGAACAUUCAACGCUUGUACAUGAAAAUCUAUCUGUUUUGCUAUUGUUGAAUAUUGUGGCAUUAUAUAAUUCUAUGCUUGCGUUGAUAAUAACCAUACCAGAUGAAAUUUAUGUAUUUCGUCGUGAAUAUAACAAUUAUAGCUAUACCAUAUGGACAUAUUUUGCAGCCAAAACAAUUAGUGAACUACCAUUCACGAUGAUAUCGACAAGUAUAUUUACAUGGGCUGUGCAUCGUGGUACCGGACAAAUAUUUGACCAUUGGGAUCGUAUCUAUUUUACUAUUUUGCCUUGUUGUCUGAUCACAUUGGUUGGACAAUUUAUUGGAAUGAUGCUUGGAACAAUUUUCUAUGGAAGCCAAGUACAAGCAGUAUUUGGUAUGACAUUUAUACUGGUACCCGUAUUAGUGUUUUCUGGUUAUUUUAAACUUAUUUCACAAAUGAACAGUGUAAUGGUAUUCCUGUCAAACCUGUCAUUCCUAAAGCCAUCAAUGAAUUCAAUAAUGAUAGCUACAUAUGGAUUUGAUCGUUGUUUUUUUCAGACUCAACAAGAAUUACAACAAAUUCAAGCGAUGAAUCAAUCACGACCAGAUUGGAUAGAUUCGGUUACAACAUUAGUAGAUAUAUAUGCAACCACUUAUAAUCAAACACAAUUAAUGGAUAAAGAAUUAGAAAAUGAACAAAAAUUGAUCGGAUUUAUGGGCAUCGGAAAAAAUCCGAAUGAUCGCCGUGCAUUUAUACUUCAAUAUUGGGAACUGUCCGAAACACAUGAUAGUUAUUAUCAUGAAAUCUAUCAUUUAAUCAUCUAUAAUCUUAUACUAGCUGGCAUGGUGUAUAUAACAAUGUUUAUUCGAUUGAAACGAGAAAAAAAUUGAAUACAUCAUCAUCAAAAUUUGAUUAUUCAA